GUUUUCACUGUUUAGGCGACAGGAAUGCUUAAAGUAAAACUCCCUCGGUGUGAGUUUGAUCAUCCAGACUCUAAAACCGUCUUUGUGUGUUUGUGUUAAAAUCAAAGAGGUCAAUAUUGUGUCACUUCAAAGAAGAGAAAAGGUGAAAGUUUAAUAAAUAUUGAGAAGGCGUUGAAGAGCUCACUGAAUAGAUCCCACAUGCCUCCUCUCCAUAACUCUUUAAAAUAUAGGGUACACACACACACAAACACACACACACACACACACACACACACACACACACACACACACACGAAAGCAAAGUCAGAAAGCAUCCUGCUCGUCCCCUGUUCGGAGGGACCAGGACUCCACAGACGGAUCUCGGGUUGAACUCCGUGCGCGGACGCGUGCCGACCUUGGAGUCUCCAGACGCGCAGCCUCAGAUUUUGCGCACUGAAACCUCGCAGAGCUUAAGUGAGCGCACAGCGAACAAAUGACUGCCUGACUGAUCGCAGCCCCAUCACUUACGGGAGCACUUGGCUUUGCUUUACUCCACCUUUUACACACUUGUUCGGCUUUAAUGGGACCAGUACAGCAGACAGUUUAUUCCAGUUUGACUCGAUUUACAACUUAGAGGAGUUUUCCUGAAGAAAGACGCUUCACCCUGUUUACAGAAAUAUCCAAAGUGUCCCAGAUACUCAGGCGAAAUUCACUCAACAUCCCGAGGAAACACGGAAACAUCUGCGAGGAUUUCUGGGAGUAUUUUUGGAGGUGGAUUGAUUUAAGAUGGUUCCAACCGCCUUACCACCCAAGUGAGGAAUUACAUCUGAAAGCGGUAAGACUCUUUUUUUUAUUGUCCUGGAGUCAUACAGAGGUUCAGGUGGAGCUUUAAGUAAUAUGACAUUUGCACUUGUUUUCCAGGUGAUCACAGCGAUGCUUCAGCAGCGUCUUCGUCUGUCCCUCUCCAAUUCUCUCAGAGCGGAUUUACGCGCUGCUCAUUUUCAAUAAAUCGAGAAGUCACUUAAGAUGAGAGCUCUGCAAACAUUCUUGUUUCUGUUCGUCCUGCAGCAGGUGAGCUGUGAGAUUAUUGUUUGAAAUGAUCUUUAUGAGAGAUGUCUGAAACAGGGGCUGGAAUAAACCUCCUGAUAUUUGUUUUUACUGACUCCAUUCGCCCAGAAAUAUAGUCUUAAAUAAUGUUUUACAGUGAUUAACAGAGUCUAAAUGAAUUGAUAUUAUGCUGCUAUAUUAAAUAAUUGUCAAUAUGCAUUUUUCAACUGAAGAAAUCAUAACAAUUGAUCCGAUUCCUGCAGAACAUUGAAUUGGACACAGUUAUCUGUUACAGUUAUAUGGUGGUGUUAUACUGACAUGAACUGGCACAGUCUGUAAGAGGAUAAUGUUGAUUUGUGUUCAUCUUUAUGACCAAAAGACUAAAAUCAUUAGGAUCAAUGAGGAUGAUUUUAUUGGCACCAGUUUAAACAAAUAUUUGAUUUUAGAGCUAAAAAGAAUAAACACUAAGAAGUUGAUCAGAUUAAAUUUUCUACAGUGUCAUCUCUACUGACUUAUUGUACUCUGACUUUUGGGGAUGUAGUGUAAAUGUGUUUAAACUUCUUCUGGUCACUCUAUCAAAGUAAAUAAUUUUUCAGUAUUAAUCUCUUUAAAAAGUAAAAUAGUUGUAAAAGCUUAUUUAGUAUCUGACGACUCUAAACGUUGAUGCUUUUACACUCUCAGCACGCCUCUGUCUGCCACGGCAAAACCAAAAUAUCAUGUUCCCCCUUUUUAUUCAGCUGUUUAACCAACAUGUUUGUCAAUUUAUUUCACUUCUAAGACCGACAAAGUUAAAUCUCUGUCAAAUGUCCUCGCUGUUCUGAACACGAGGACAGAAUUAAAAUAAUAAACUGAGAAAAAGAAAAAAAAGUAAAAAUAAUAAUAGAAAAAAAAAAUCACAUGCUUUCUGACGGUUUGCUGAUUAUUUAUCAACUGUCACAUAUUCCACAGUAAAUAUACUCCACAGUGAAUAUACUCCACAGUAUAUAUACUUCACAGUAAAUAUACUUCACAGUAAAUAUACUCCACAGUAAAUAUACUUCACUGUAAAUAUACUCCACAGUAAAUAUACUUCACAGUAAAUAUACUUCACAGUAAAUAUACUUCACUGUAAAUAUACUCCACAGUGAAUAUACUCCACAGUAUAUAUACUCCACAGUAAAUAUACUCCACAGUAAAUAUACUCCACAGUAUAUAUACUCCACAGUAAAUAUACUCCACAGUAAAAAUACUUCACAGUAAAUAUACUCCACAGUAAAUAUACUCCACAGUAAAUAUACUCCACAGUGAAUAUACUCCACAGUGAAUAUACUCCACAGUAAAUAUACUCCACAGUGAAUAUGCAGGAAAAUAUCAAGUAUUUAGAGACUGAUUGUCUUAAGCCUCUGGACAUAAUCUCAUUGUAAAGUAAUUCUUUUAUAUUACAGGAAUAAACGCUCAGACGAGCUUCAUCUUUAGGAUUUUUCCUCCUGUUGUGUUUUGUCACAAUCUUUCUCGCUGUAUUCGGUCUUUACAUGAUCAGACCUGAGGAGCAAAUGCCAUUUGACUAAAGAAACGUUUUCCAUCUGCGCUGUCCUCAAAGAGGGCUUCUUUAAAGACGGCUCAGAGCAGAUGCAGCAGCAGCAGCAGCAGCAGCACAGAGCUGUCCGCUCCGGCUGCUGCUGUUGUAAUCAGCCUUUCAGCCUUUUGGGAGCUCUGCCUCCAGGGAGACGAGACGAGAGGGGCUGCCUCUCUUCCUAUACCUUUGUGGCUUCCCUCCCAGCAGACCAGGCCAGACUGGGAACAUAUUAGCCCUUCAAUAGUUCCCUCACCUUCCCAAGAGUAGAAAAUACUGCAAUACCGGCCACCGCUGACUGACAGCAUGAAUUAUGCAAAAUAACUUCUUGAGCUGCUAAAAGUCUCUAAAUUUUCUGCUCCUGUUCUGUUGGAUGGAGAUGUAUGAAUGUGACCUGAUGAGUUUUAUUAGACAGAAGCACAAAUUCAACCAUCAGAAACAGCCUCUUCUAUGGACAGACAUGCUUUUAGAGGUUCAGUAUAUAUGAAGUCUUACUUUGGGGUAAAAUUCUCCAACUCAACAAACCCAAACAAAAGAAAACCUCUUUUAUUCUCUUUAGGUUUUCAAACAUACCCACAGAACAUGAAUCAUGCAGACUAACCUGGCAUCUGUGCCAGUCCCCAGGGGAAAAUGAGAGGGUCAGAGCCAUCCUGGGAAAAUCCUUUUCUUACCCAUGACAUCUGCUGCAGUCAUACUCCGUGCACUGACAGCAGAACAGAGCAGAUGAAGAUAAAACAUACUUAAAGGCGAUGCUCCCCCUUUGCUCCACCUGCCUCUCUUCCACAAACCUGCAUAAUUUUUUUUAUGACACUGUUCAGGAUCAAGUGUCAGAAAAUGUAAAAGUCUCAUUUGUUUUGACAUCAUUUGGUUUUUUCUUUCUUUUUUUCUGACAUCAGAGCGGAUUGAUAAUGUUGAGGUAUCUGCAUGGAGUUAUCUAAGAGGGUCAUGUGUGGUGUUAAAAUGCCAACCUACUUCUCUAAACGCCAUCCUGGGUGGGUCGGGCCGAGCAGGGCUGGAGCCGGCGUGUUGAUAGAAGACGGGUGUGAUGCAUCGAAAAGACAAAGCUUAGCUGAUUAGCUGUGAGCUCGUCCUCUGGUUCUGUUUCAUGUUUGAAGUUCAUUCCUGCAGCUCUGAUGUGCACUGAUUCAGGGAAUUACAAGUCAUCUUUUCAAGGACUUAGCAUUAAUUUCAACAAUUAUUUAUUAAUUUAUUUACAUUCGUGCCUUGAUGAUUUAUCCGUUCGCCCAUCAACUGAAGGGGAUGAUGACUAAAAUGAGAGAGUCAGACUUCGCCUUGCGGCUGUUUGAUUUUAAAGAAUUAUGGAAGGUUCUCAGUCUUGUUGUUUUUUUCCGAGCAGCUCUCGAUCCAGACGCUGAAGCUCGAUUCAAAGUCAAAAGGGGCCCUGCCAAGGACAACAGUUUUAUCCCUUUCUUCACAACAAAACACAAAUUCCACAUAAAUUCCCCCUCUAAGGGCUCUUUAACCUAUUUCCCUUCCCCAUGCUCAAUUAGGUUUGGUUUCAUUAUUUAUUUAUUGUAUAUUUAAAGGCAACUAACACUGGGAAGUGUAAUAAAAUGUACAGUGGAAGGAUUAGGAGCGGCUCUUUAAUCUCACGCUUCUGAUAAUACUGCAUGGGCUGAUUGAUUAGUUUUUCAGGAAGCUUAUGUCAGAAAAACCUAAUCCGUCUUUGGAUUGUGCCAGCCUUGUAAGGUUUUUCUGCGCUGCCACUUUAUCAUGGCGGCGAAUUACAGAGCUGCUGGGCUGUGAUAAGGUCCCCGUCUCUUUUACAGACCCUCCCGCCCAACCCCUUGUACCCCCCCCUUUUCCCACUGGACAAUAUAAAAAUUGUGUUUAUAUUCUUCGCAUCCCUGCUCAGCCUGGUCUUCACAUCAACCAUUUCACUUCCAGGAUUUGCCUUGUUAGAAAGAGAGAGAGAGAGAGAGAGAGAGAGAGAGAGAGAAGCUGAACUCCAGUCCUCAAAAACCUACCAGAGAAAUUUCCUGCCAAAUGAGAAAAAUACGUGAGAAGCUGUCAGGAGGGCUGUGGAAAGUUCUGUUUGAUGGCCUUGUAUGAACCAAGUACUGAUUUGUAUCAGCUGACACGGUGGCCACAAUCUCUCCAGCCAGAGGGCUUGACUAGAUAAUCCCUCAUAAACAAUACAGUCUGUGGCAUUUGCAGUCCUCAGCCUCUCUGUUGUCCGCGGCCUCUUAAGGAAAGGUUGUCAUUUCUGUCCAUUAUUGCUCAAAUGUGACUCGGAGCACUUUGUGUGGUUCUGAUGCAGCCGACUCCUUUCCCAAUCAUCAGUUUUAACAGCCGAAAAUGAUGUUUGGAUGAAGUUCACGGGAGCAGCCAGUGUGGCAGCUUUGCUUAAAGAAAACAUUCUGUUUAAUAAGACGGGGAGUUUCCAGAGCUGGGUCCACAGCUGUAAAUUUUAACGGCUGAUGUGCAGCUCCAGUUGGUGUAAGACCUGGGGCUCUGCUACCGUAUAGCUUUUUCAUUACCACAAAGACCCCCACCCUCCCCUGUUUAGUAGUUCUUAUACAGUCUGCAUUACUGCUGUGCUGCCUCCACAUAAAACAGAUAACUGGGCUGCUGCAGAUUUCCUCUUUAAUCUCGGUCUUGUUGCUGCUCAGAACUUACAGACGGAGCUGUCAUAAUAUUGAACCCUGAUUUUGUUCGGCUCUGUAGUUUUUUUCCUUUGAAUGUGAAUUUCCAAAAUGCUGACAUACGAGGUCCUUAAUUACCACCUGGCUGAGAACUCUAGAGAAGAAAUCACACUUCAUGUCAAGGCUUAGGAAAAUGAUUGACCUCUUUAAUUAAAGCAGCGUCGCUUUCUUGUAAAAGGAAAUGUGUGACAGCUUUACAACAAGAACAAUAAAUCUCCUUUCUGAUUAUUCUCAGUUUUGCAUUUCUUCUUUGCCUGGAGGCUUUGAGGCCUUUCUUUUCAGCUUGUCAUUUACAGCCCUAACAAAGCGCUGUCAGCUCCCCUCUUUCUUUGUAUGUGUCUUGUGAAGUACCUGUCUUCAGAGGUGCUCUGAGAAGAAGAAGAAGAGAAGAAAAAAAACAGCUCUGUCUUUCCUGCACUUGUUUUUUCUUCAAAGAGAGCUGCUUUUAAGAAAUCAGUUGAGGCCCAAUCAGCUUUGAAAAUAAAAACAGUUCUGUCAAAUUUGGUGGACAUCCUCGUGAGUAAAUCAAGCAGAAACCUUCGGAAUAACCUGCCAUUCGCAGCAUGGAUCUGAAGAGAAAUACGUGCAUCCUGAGAAGCAGGUGGAAAAACUAAAACCACACGGCUCAUGUUUCAUUUGAGAAGAAUAAUGUUAUUUGUCAAGUAGUUUUACAAGCUUUACACACACGACAAAGUAAAGAGUGUCAGGAAGUGGUCAAGAAAACGAUAAUAACAGUAAGUCCAAUGGGCUUUAUGGCAUUAUCCAGCUGAAUCCCUGCUAUCAGACACAGAGAGGUGUGCUGCAGGUGUCAGGAGCAGGCACAGGAGUUGGCGCUUUGACCAUGUAAGGGGAUUAUGAAACUGAUGAUGCGUUGAAAGGUAACGCCUGCCUAAAAGUGAAGUGUUCAGGGCUUUGCUGCUGUCACUUGUGGCAGGUGCUGAGAUAACACAAGUACGCCGAUUUCCUGGAGGCUCCCGCUCUUCUCCUUCUUCCCUCCUCGUAGGAUCUUUGCUUACUCUCAACACUCGACAUUACCGCAUUCAGAAGUUCCUCCAGUCCAGGUUUUGGACCUCCAACUUUAACCCCGUACUCACUCUUUGGACUCUAACACUACUGCGGUGGGGGAAACAGAUCGUAUUUCAGAAAUUAGAACUUAAUUUUAGUGUGAGAUAGUUUUUUUUAUUUAUCUUAAUAUUUCAAAAAUGGUUCAGUCUUACAUUUUAACAUGAUAACUACUAAGUCAAUACUGUCUAGCUUCCAGGUCGGUAACCUUCCAUCAUCGUACAAAUCUGAAGCUGAAUUGUUCUGAUAUUUCCAGGAACCACCACUUGCGCAGUAGCGUUGUACGCAUUCGGCGGGUGAGCCGCUGUGAUAACGCUCGGCUCAAACAGCGUAUCGCUUCGCAAUCUUCGCACGCCCAUAGGCUGUAUCAAGUGUCAAUCAUAGAAAAUAAGAACCACAAAUAGCUUUUGAAAAUGGAGCUGCACAGAAAAAAGAAAAACUAGGCAGUAUUGACUGUGCAGAGUUACAGCGCCACUUACUGGCUUGGCAUAUGCGCUACAUCUUUUUGAGAAAAACGUUUUAUUUUUAAAGUGAAGUUUGAUGAAUUUGUCACUGAAAAAAAAUAAAAUAAAAUUCAGGUUUUCAUAGAAAAAAAAACUGGAUUUUAUUUUUGGCCAAAAUCUUGCAGCCCUGACCCGAUGUAAGGAUGGAGUCAGACUGAGCCCCAUCCUGUAAGAUCAAGACCUAAUCCCACCUCAUCCUCAACCACAAGUGAAACACUUCAGAGCAUUUAUCAAGUUACAGAGGAGAGGAAGAACUUCCUCUAACAGGCAGAAACCUCGAACAGAACCAGACUGAUGUUAGACAGUCAUCUGCUGAGAGUGAGCCGGGUUUAGAGAGGAGAGAGAGGAGGAUGAAGAGAGGAGAGAGUGAUAGAGGGAGAAACAUGACAUAGACAGAGUUGAUAUGAAUUCCUGUAUUUGAAGCAGACAGGUCCUCAGCAGCAGGUCGUCUGCAGCAGUGAUCCAGAAGAACCUACAGGAUGAUGGAGCUCAGAGACUCUCAGAAAAGACUGUGUUAGUGACUCUGAUGGGACAUGAUGGAGAAGGAGGCAAAGGUGCUCCGUAUGUCAGUACCAGACCUGAACCAGAUCUGGUGUUAUCAAGGAGGAACGUUUUCAGCCCACAGAGCCCACAGUACAGAGGAAAUCUCAGGGUCUGACACGUAAAACUCAUGUGAAGAAAAACAUAUUCAAAAAUGUCUGGUAGAGCUCUAAAAACAGAGAAAAUUAUCCAACAAGAAAUUAUUAAUAUAAGCGUUAACUUGGAUUUGAAUUGAAUCUUUGAUUGAAUUUAAAGGCAUUAAAGGAGAGCAGCCUGACUGAAGUGUUUCCCUUUAGAUAGAUGCCUGCUCUUUUGAUUGUGAUAACCCACUCAAUAUAAAUUAUACACCAUGAUGUGAUUCAGAUUGUCUUAAAUUUAUUCCAGUACAUCUGUCAACAGCUGCUCUUCAGUAAGUGAUCGCCUGUGGAGAUGUAGAGAAAGUGGAUUACUGUGAUUAGAGUCAUGAAAACAUCAGCAUCACUUUCCUUUGAGCCCGUCAGUCCCUGUCCUCUCACCAUCAACUCUGGGACAAAAUGUUCUGACUGUCUGAGACGGGCCGAGUGUAAACCUUCAGAGACUAAUACCAGACCGUGUUAAUGCAAACGAUCAGAACACGAUGUGCAUUCACAUUUAUAAGAUCAUUUGUGUAUCUCUAUUUACCCUGUUAGGCACUCGGUGUGUAAUGCAUAUGAUUUCUUAAUAUUACUGCACCGGGUUAUUAAGUGAACGUUGAUGAUGGACGACAAAAAGACUCCAAACUGGAUUGAAAAUGUUGAAAGUUACAAUAUUCGUGGCCUUUGUCUCAUUUGCCCAGUGGCCGCGAGGAUUAAACUGGAGUAGAGGAGAUAUGCUACACACACACACACAGACACACACACACACACACACACACAGGCCAUAACUGUCUGUGAUUGGUAAGGGGCCCCUGGUGUGGAUUUUCUGUUGCGAUCCAGCACAAUGUGAAGCACCUGCCAUGUGUUUCCCUGGACAGGCCCUGAUUAAAAGUGAUGGCUCUGGAACGUGAGGCUGUUCCAGUGAUCAGAGCACCAAUCUAUUUUCCAGCAGAAUGUAGACUCCUGCUCUGGGCUGCUUUAACACCUCGAGGGCAUUCUCUCCUGGAACCAGUUCAGGUUGUGAAUCAUUACAAAUGAUAUGCUCUGUAACGUCGGGAGGAAGGAUGCGGGCAGGGCGAAGGAUUGCAGGGUAAGAGCAGUUUUCAUGUGAGCGCGGCCCCUUGUCAUGUCGAAUACUUUAAAGCGAGAAGCUGCAGUCAAUCCGGCCUUGCAAUAACUGAUGGUUUUAUGCCAACCGUACCAGCUGAGCAGGUGUUGCAGUAAUGCUGGGAAGUAGACAGUGGUCAGGCCUGUGUAAAUUCCGUGAGGUGUCCAGAUUUUUAGUACGCAGAAGCGCAUCAAGUUAAUGAAGCUUCAGUCACAGAAAAUUAGCAGAGAAAUGAAUUGAACCACCAAACUGGGGUCAAUUUGCACAGAUAAAUCCAUGAAGAACAGUAGAGUGCAUCACUGGAACUGCUCUGCUCGCACCGAUGAGCGCUUUAAUUGUCUACUUUGUUUGUUGGGAGGGAGACGCCUGAAACCAGUUUCCACAGACCCACAUUCCCAACAACAGAGAUUUCAUAAACACAUCAGUUUAGCUCAAACUUAGAGAUGAGGACGAGCCAAAGUGUGACAGAGAUUCCUUCAUCCUCAUCAAACCAACACUGCGGCCUUGUCUUCUGCUCAGAAUCCAUCGUAGGUGAGCACAAUGUCACCAGCUGCCAACUGCUAAUGCAGUUUAGAGGCAUCUCUGUAGAUGAUCCAGAAGCCAGAUGUCUCCAGCUUCUUAAUAACUUUCUAGAGGCUAGUUAGAGCCACUGUGGCAAUUACCUUUAUGUCAGACCUCUAAAAGAUACAUCUACUCAUGGGACACGCAGGCAGCCAGCUCCAUUAUGCUGAUGACUGAUAAAUGUUUAGACUCCAUACUCGGGAUAGUAUUCCCAAACACAGAAACGCACGUUUACAGAACAGGUGGCAUGAAAGGAAUAAUAUCUGGUCCGAGACCCCGACCACGUGAUCAGGUCUCAAGGGGGGAAAGUUAGGUCUCACUUGAAGGGGUUUCCUCUGCAAGAAACAACCGAUCACUUUAAAUGAUCGCCUUUAUUUCAUGAUUACAUAAUAACCCAUGAAGGUGUUAUUCUUUAAAAAUAUUCACAGCUUUAGAGAGUCGAACUAUUAAAACCAGCUUUGCUGCCAUUCUGUUGAACUGUGCGUUUUUAUAAAGCGGCCUGAUGUAGAGAUUAUUUCUCACAUGAAAAUGAAUAAUUCUCAAAGUGCCCGUCUGUUCCUGUUUCCAUCUUUUCUCCCCUGUCAUAAACAGAGGUGUCAGAUUAACCGACUCUUUGUAUAUUAUUAUUAUUUUUAUUAUUAUUAUUAUUAUUGUUAUAUUUUUAUAAAUGCCUAAAACUACUUGGAAGGGGCAGGUGUCAGAAACAGUUUUUUACAAUUUCAUCACAUUAUAUUCCUAACAAAACUCAACUCAACUUUAUUUGUAAAGCACUUUAAAACAACCAUAGCUGAACAAAGUACUGAACAUAAAUAGACAAAACAACUAGACAUAAAAAAACAAUCAAGAAACAAUUAAAACAACGGAUAAAAUAAAAGAAGGUAUUAAAAAGUAAAAUAUAGUUUCAAUAUUUUUAAAAACUAAUUUAAAAACAUCGAAACUAAAAACUAAAAACAAACAAUAAAACUCUAAAACAGGAGCUGAUUCUCAUGAAGGGUUUAAAGCCGAUAAAUAAAAAUGGGUUUUAAGACGAGUUUUAAAAAUGGACAGUGUAGGGGCUCGUCUGAUUUGAAGGAGUAACUCGUUCCACAACUUUGACUGUAAAAAGCCAGAAGGAUCAUUUUCAUGUCAAAAUAUACUAAAGGAUUAGACAAGCAAAGACCGUUAAUCCACAGGGGGCGCCAAAAUCAACCCAAAGUAAAGGUUCCUGGCAGUAGCUUUAAGAUCCAAACACUUAAAAAAACACAAACAGGAACAUUUUUCUUCACAGCAGCUUGUAAACCACUGAAAAAGUCAGCCUGACAAAAACAAUAACUUUAAUUUUUUAAAACUAAAUGAAAUGUAAAUUUUCCAGUUUAAAGGGUGUUUAUUUUCAAAUUCCCAUCCUAUAAGUAACGGUGUGAAACAUCCAGCCGAGCCUUCCCUGCUCUCUUCCUCUGCUGCUGAAAUGAGGUCUGGUGUUUUCCUUCUCUGUAAUGCUGCAGUUAUUAUCAUAAUGAUUUCUUGUUUCAAGUUGCCCCAUAAUGCCUCCAGCACAGAAGCACAGAUUAAGAAAUCUUAAUUAAGCUUUUGUAGAUUCUCCUUCAUUAGACCUUGUCUCUUUUUCCAGCCUCUCGUUCAAAAACUUGGCUUCUUAGUCUGUUUUAAAGAGACACCACUUCUGCCUGUAGAAAGCAGGAGUGUGUGUGUGUGUGUGUGUGAGUGCAUGUGUGUGUUAUUGCUUAGUAUGUGAAGGGAGACAGAGAGAGGAAUAAACCAAAGCCUGUGUCAGUGUAAGCUUUCAAGUUCCCAACACUUCAUCUCUCUCGGGGCAUUUAAGUAUUAGAUACCCCUCUACUGAUCCCCUUGUUGUCACAGCAAUUUCCCAGUUGCUCAUCAUACUUAAACUCCUCUCUCAUUUCCAUUAUAAUCAUCCUAUACAAAGCUCACCUGAGACUUACACUGAAAUACAGAAUUUGGUUUCACCUCUGAAGCUGUGCAGCAUGACAACCUCAGUGUAAUGGAUAUAACGGCUCGGGAUGGAGCGAAGAGGAGCGCCACGUUUUCUUUCUUCACAGCAGAGAUUAAAUGGUCCUGUUGGGAGCCGGCAGACCCACAGAUUUUAUGUUCGCUAUUCCCAGUUAUAGUGAUGUUGUAAGAGUCAAAUCAAAUUAACAACUGAGCUCAAAGAGGUAUUUCUAAGUGUCGCUGUCAGUGAGGGAAUACUGCUACGAGAAUGAGAGGAGAUGUGACAAGCUGCUGCACACGAGACAUCUGAAGACUUUGGCCUCUUUUGACACAUUUAUUCACUUUAAUUCAACUUUGUAACGGCUGAUGGAGGAGUGUCUGUCCGUAAAAAAAGAAACACAUUCUUUUACAUUAAAUAUCUUAACAGCUACGACACUACGUCCAAAAUAUAACACCUGUGUAGGUCAAGAUGCGUGCAGGUAGGCCUGGGCGAUUUGGCAAAAAACAUGAUCCGAUAUAUUUUGUCAUAUCGUCCGAUCUCGAUUAUUAUCACGAUUUUUCAACUGCCUGUUUUAAAUCAUCUGAACUAAAAACUAAAGAAACUAGUUUAGUUAGUUCAACAUUUUAUUAACAUACCUUACACAUCGGCUUAAAUGCUUGACGUCACUUUGGAGGUACCUGAACGACCGCGACACAACCGACGUAAAUAACUUCUAAACAAUAAGAUCUUGGGAGAAUAACUCAAAGUCACGGCUGACAUCUGUUUUGCCGCCCUCAGCUCCGCGUUUAGCUCCACGUUCGGUUGUUCUGUUUACUGACAACCUACAGAAGUGAGAAGGAAAAGCUCGACUCUGAUUGGCUGUUGUGACGCACAUUUCCGCUUUGUUUGAUCGAGUAAAUACGCUCUCAGCUGAUCACCGUGAUCGAACUGAGAUUUAUCACGAUCAUAUAAUCGCCCAGUCCUCCAUGCCGUCGUCUUCAUCUCUGAAAUAAAACGUUCACCGGGAUGAUACGAUGACAAAACAAACCGCAGCAGCAGACCUAGUUUGUUGUGCCUCGUUGGGCUUAAGGCGAAAUAAUAAUUAAUCUGGAUAUUGUGAGCAGCAGUUCAGUGAGAAUUAUAACAGCCACUGCUCAGCGCUUUCAACAUCUGCCUCUCUGUGUGAUCCCAGUAACUAGGCCUGAGGAAAGCUGGCACUACUAAUUACUAAUAAAACUAGCUUUAGCUUACUGCCCUGAAUCACUCAAACUUUAUCUGGACUGGACCAGGAAUCACUCCGGAAGCUAAAAGGCUGUGAGGUACAGGAGGAGGAGAUUACAGUUCACUGGUGCAUCUGCACUUCGCUCACACUUCACUUUAGAGGCCUUGUGUGAAUUAUUACCAGCUUGAGUCUGUGUGCACGACAUCUUCAAGACUACAAGCGCUGAUGUACAGAGUUUUUAUGAUCCUACAGUACAGCUUUAUUCUAAUGUCGGGUAAACUGAUCAGUCUGUUUCUUUUUUGGAGCAUCAAGAGUCUGACAUGAUUCAUGAUUUUCACUGAUGUCAAAGUCAAAAUCUCUAAACCACCUUUCUCGGGCGUCUCUUUCAGUUUCUGAUUAUCGGACAGUUCAGUUCUGCACAGACCUGCUGACAUCCUCGUCCAGCUCAACCGAAGGCUUCAUCAAAAACUACAGAUUAGGCGCUGUGUUGUUUUCUUGUCAUGGUCAACCGAUGAUUGUUUUUCAACGGCCAAUACCAGAACUUCAGAGAGCAGCUUGCCUGAUUUAUAACACAGUGAAUAUCUUGUUGCUUUUACAAAAUACAGUUUUGCUAAACUUUGAAUAAUCGGUUUGUUCAUGUAAGAAAAGACAGGAAAAUAUGUUGCUCAGUAAAAUCUUAUCUGAAGGAUGGUUUGGAUUUCUGCCCUGUGAUCUUGUAUUAGUCAGAAAUGAAAGAAGUACACAGAAUAUAGUAAUAUUACUUUCAUUAAACUGCAUUAUUCUAAACACCAAAGUCAUCAGAAUGAAUAUUAACCACCAGUUAGUCUUAGAUUUGAUGGGCUGUCAGAAACAUUUUUAUUCCAAAGAUAAUCGGGUUUGUGACACAGGAUGAGUCAAACUGACGUUAAUGGGCCGACAGAUUUAUCGGUCUGUCUCUGUUUUCUUGUUUUCAUAAAGCCUCUGUUGUUGGUGGUCGGCAGUCAGACAGGCUCCGUCAGCUUUGGUGGUUCUGGUUGAAAGGUUUGAUGCCAAAUACUGAUUAAAGAUUUAUGUUUACCAGCACAGACGAUAUCACUUUAUCAAACCAGACGGUAAAUGAGCGGGCAUCACAAAAUGUCAAACUCUUCAACACCAAAACAUAUUUUUUCCUCCGACAGGGAACCACGAUUCAUCUACUGUAAUAUUCUUCAUACAACAUCAAAAUCAUGUUUUGUUUGGAUAAACAGGAUUAAUGUGAACGCUGUUGUUCUGGUACAAAUAACACGUUUACAGGAAAAAGGGCAUUUAUCAUUCGUUCAGUUAUUGUAACAAUAAAAUCUCUUUGUAAAUUACUUAAGUGGCUCUCUCUUAUUUAUCUUUUUGUAAUUUUUAAGCACUUUUUAAAGCACUCCCUCCAAAGUGCUGUUUCUACUCUUGCUGUGGUAUAGUUACAUCAGAAUGACUACCUCAGAAUCGCUCCGUGUUGAUUUUAUUUCCUCGUCUGUCUGGUCUGUGGAACAAAAACACUCAGUGUUGUAUGUCUGUGACUCUGCUGGAGCGUGCUCGGUCAGGACUCUCCUGUAAAAGAGAUUUUUCUCCUGAUCAGAUUGGAAUAAAUGAAACAGCAUGAAUGAUUAUUUAUGCACUCGUCAAUUAUUGUCUGAUACUUUACAUAAAAUCAAUACCUGAUUAUAAUGAAAGUUUAUUUACCACGAUAUUCCAGUGAGCUUUGGUUUCCUGACUGUUUCCAUCUUUGCUCUGCUCUCUUCAAAGGUCACAUGCAGAAAAGCACAUGGAGGAGCCACAGAGCUAAUUGAGUGGGGAGACAGCGAUAAUGCAAAGAGGAUUUCUCCCACGGGGGCAAGUCCACGAAUCCUCAAUCCCCUGCGAUUGUUUGCCAGGGGCUCCCCCGGGUUCAAAAGCAACAUGAGGGAAAUUACAUAUUUACAGAAUAUGGAGGACUUCUGGGACUGGUUAUCUAACCAGACAGAUGUUCAGGGCGCACAGGCACUGGCGAGAACUAAACGCAGGCCCAUUGUUAAGACUGGCAAGUUUAAGAAGAUGUUCGGAUGGGGGGAUUUUCACUCCAACAUCAAGACCAUCAAACUCAACCUGCUGAUCACAGGGAAGAUCGUGGACCACGGAAAUGGCACUUUUAGCGUUUACUUCCGCCAUAACUCCACUGGCCUGGGGAACGUCUCGGUCAGCCUGGUACCGCCGUCCAAGGUGGUCGAGUUUGAGAUAGCUCAGCAGAGCACGAUAGAGACGAAAGACACCAAAUCAUUCAACUGCCGCAUCGAGUACGAGAAGACGGACCGCAACAAGAAGACUGCGCUGUGCAACUUUGACUCAUCGAAGGUCUGCUAUCAGGAACAGACGCAGAGCCACGUGUCCUGGCUCUGCUCCAAACCCUUCAAAGUCAUAUGCAUCUAUAUAGCCUUCUACAGCGUAGACUAUAAACUGGUGCAGAAGGUGUGCCCUGACUACAACUACCACAGUGACACACCUUACUCCUCCACAGGAUAAGUCAGCUGUUGUUUGUGAGCGUUGACCUUUUUGUUUGAAUCAUGUAAUCUUGUUGUCCCCAAACACCUAAACACCUAAAACACACUCUGGAGGGAUUUGAGGGCAGUGGUAUAAAACUCUGAAACAGGCUGUAAGCAGAUUCAUCAAUCAAUCAAUACCUGUGAUAGUUAGGUGUCCGGGGACGUGGUCAUAGGGGUCGCCCUCCAUACAGAGAUGGUUAGUAACCCCAGAUGCCUCCUCCACAUCACAGACGCACAUGUUUCGUCUUCAUACUCGGGCUUAAUUAGAAGGAUGUCCAGAUGUUUUCUUCAAGGCUAGACCAUCGGCAAAAUGUCUCCCAGUUGGAGGAGCGUUCCUGCUUCUGUCAGAAUAUAAACUGAAGCAAAAAUUGUGAAACUAUUUCUCCUCCUUAUUUCAACAGUCAGACGGAGAAUAAAAAGUGACAAGACUUCAUAAAACGUCCACAUAACUACUAAACUGACAGACAGGCGGGUAAUUCACUGGGAUGUCAAAUGACCAGUGAGACUUUGACACAAUCCUGCAUUUAUACUGAUGGAUCAAAAAACGUGUUUAUUGACUCUGAAGUAGAGCUCACUUUGGCUCGAACAGUCACAAACAGUGAACUUUAUUUCAGACCAACUUUAGAUCUGACCGUCUGUUUCUGUCUUAAACAGGCUGUAAACGACACAAACAUGACAAAUUCAACUGAUGCCACACCUCUAAUCAAAGACGAGCAGAGCGCGAUCAUCUAUCAUUACAUACAGUUUACUCAUGUGAACCUGGUCGCAGCCUUUUUCUUCUUCUUCUUCGUGGUUUUUUUUUUUCUUCUCGUUGUUGUUCCCUGUUUCUGUGAGACGUGUGAGCUAUAUCAGGAUGAAGUCCCAACCUGCGUUUGCAGGAUGCACUUUUAGGCAUCAGCCUGCUGAGCAGCACCAGAGUGGAUUAAUGUGUCAGGAGAGGUGGGGGGAAGCGAUAAUUGUACGACAGGUGGAUUUAGUGAGUCUGGCAGACAAUUAUCAGCACUUUGUCAUGGUCCUGCCACCUGCACUGACAUUACUUGUCUCAAAUAGGCUUUAAUUAGCUUGGGAAAAUUCAUUUAGCAAAGAGCAAUAGCGAAGGAACCAAAGACGGAAAAGAUCGAAAUCAAAGUUGGACAUUAAAUGUAGAUUAAACAUCGGCAGACUUUACAGCAGGCUUCAAUUCACGGCCUUUGUGUGGAAGUGAAUAGAGAACAUCGAGUGUAGAGAGUGAAGUUAACUUUGGUCUGAACUGACUUACAAGAUUUUCCCCACCAAAAAAAAAAAAUAAAAAACCCACAUAAGGCCGUUUCAUUUUUCUUUUUUGUUGGACUCUGAUAAAUCCGUCAUGUGUCAUUGUCACCUUAUUUGCUGUACCCCGUCUUUCCUGAUCAACUGUAUAUGAUCGUCACAUUAUGCAAAUAAGAAAUGUAAAUGAAAAUCAAGAACUCUGAGGUAACUUAGGUUUUAGUUUGACUCAUUUGUGCAAAUGCUGUGUAUUUAUGUGUAACUCUAAUACUCAAUGUUUUUCCAGAUUCAGAGUUUUCCGCAGAAAUAUAUCAAGAAGUGCACUGUACGUUACUUUUGGUGUUUGUUGAGAGAUAUCAUGUACAUAGAUGUCAUAUUGGUGGUGAUAUUGAUUUAUUUGUAACCCCUGCAGAUUUGACAUAUGUUCUGAUUUCUUGCGUGAUGAAUCUCAAUCUGUGUUUUCCCUGUAAGUAGAAAAAGCUAAGUUGUAUGUAUGGUUAAGCAUCCUGACUUGCCUGAUUUGAUUGGGGGUUCCUUUUGUUAAGAAGAAAUUGUAAAGAUCAUUUUGGGUUUUUAUGGCAUUAAACCUGAUUUAAACUCAGCAGCUGGU